UUCACCAAAAGUAGCAUAUUAUUAAUCGUCAACUUAGCAAGUGCCAAAGUUCACACACUAGAGGUGCACAACUAUAUAUUAUAAAAGUUUAUACAAAAAACCAAAAGAUUAGACUAAAAUUGACUUUGUGAAUCGUGUGUAUAUAUUUCUCAAAAGUCAUAACGUCAUUGUACAGUUGUGGAUAAGCUUUUAGCGGGGUUAGUUCUUUGUGGGGCCAGGCCCAGAUCCGCUAUCCUAAUGGACCGUUGAGUCACCACGAGCGAUGGAUUUCACCUCUUUUGGUACAAGAUUUCGAAUAGAAAAAAAAAACGGUUGAACCUUGAUAUGUGCUGAUUCUCCGGGCACAACUUGCUGGAUCUAAUAUUAAUCAAAUGUCUGAAACUUAUAUUAAAUAUAUAAAUAUGUAAUGAAUCCAGACACAUUGAAACACUAAACAUAAAUUGUUCUAAACAUUUAUUUAACCACGAAAUCAAGGUUUAAAAAAAAAAAAAAAAGAGUAAAUAAUCAAGAUAUAACUUAUAUACAUUAACUAUAAUAAACUAGUAAAAAUUUGGUAUCCAUUGGAGCCAAACAGCUCAUUGCUGGGAAUCUACAGCUAUUUAUGCCCUAAUAAAAAUGAAAUGCUUACUGACUUUGCAGAAAUCUUGAACUUAGGUCAUUGGUAUAACGCUCACGCACGAGCGAUUUCCGAUGUUUUGAUGUAAUUAUACACAAUUUGAAUCCAACAAUUCAGUAAAUAUAGUAUAUCACUAACUUAUGAACAUGGUCAAGAUAUAAAUCCCGAUAUAUACUAUAAAUUUAUAACCAUACAUAAUCAAAUACUAUAGACAAACGGUGUAUGAAAAUGGAAUAUCGCCAGAGUCGACAAUGUAUCAUUCGAUAUGGUUUAAAGACUGUAUUUAAUUAUAAUCACACCCCACCCCGUAAGUUACUUCGGAAAUGUCAAUGUAUUAAAAGCAGAGCACUAAAAGAUUUUCCUCCAAGUGCAACUGCUGCAAAAAAGCUUCACUGAAAAUUGUAAUAAAGCAAAACCAAAAUAUGCAUCACGAAUUAUCGUAUAUGGCAAAACUGAUCCUAAUAAUUUCUAAAUAAUUUGAAAUUGAAAUUUAUUCCUAGCAAUUUCACUUCACAUUAGAUGGUUUUCAAAUCAAAUCAAUUGUAUACCCAAAUCCUUCAUAACUGAGUAGUAGUAGUAGUACCUUAAAACGGACGAUAAGUCAAAAUCCGAAAUCCGCCCCUAGUAAAUGCAGGCAGGGAAAAAGCAGCAGCAAUUAUGGCAGCAUAUGCAUUCAUCUACAUACGUGGGAGCUCGAUUCUGUCCACGUUCUCUCCAUGCAAAUGCUCAAAUCCCACUAUAAAUAUCAACCCACCUUUUUCCUCACCGAACAAAUCAUUUUCAAUAUAAAAUAUUAUAUUAAUGGCCAAGCUUGGAAUUUCCGCCGCCCUCUUCGCCGCCCUGAUCGCCAUGGCCGCCGCCGCCGCCACCACCACCUACACAACGAUGGUGAUAGCCACCACAUUGGUGGAGGAGGAGAACCCACACAGACAGUCCUGCCAGAGAGAAAUUCAACAGAUGCCGCCAAUGAAGAGCUGCAUGCAAUGGAUGCAGUCAAUGAUGGGGGGUGGGCCCUACGUGUCAAACCCCCGUUACAUACUGGACGAGGACCACCUCCAUGAAUGCUGCAACGAGAUGUGGGGGGUGAGCACCCCCUGCCGCUGCGAAGCAAUGAAACAGGUGAUGAGGCAGAUGAUGCAGCAGCAGCAACACGGAACUGAGGAAGUGAUGCAGCAGCAACACGGAACUGAGGAAGUGAUGCAGCAGAUGAUGAAGCAGAAGAUGCAAUCUCUUCCACAAAUGUGCGGCAUGAAAUCCACCACACAGUGCAGCUUCCAAACCAUCUUUGUCUGAAUAAAUCAAGAAAAUAGCCCACUGGCUUUGGAGAGAUUAAUGUUGGUUGUAAUAAUGCAGCACACAGUCGCUUAGUGUGUAUUGUUGAC